CUUCGGUCAGCUGACAACGAAUUAUGUCAUUCAUUGAAUCAAAUUCUGGUUGUAAAUUAAAUGGCUCACAGCAACCAAUGUCACCUUGUAUUGAAAAUACCUGGGCUCAGAUGCCUAGUUUUAACGGAAAACCCCUCUCAGAAGCAAGCGAAAUGAGCACUGCAACAUGCACAGAUUCUUUGACUUGUGCCGGGGAGCGAACCUGUUCCAGAUUAGAAAAAUCUAUUUGUCAAAUGGAUAACAGUUUACAAAAAGCAGGACGUAUGAACAACAGUUUGUUUAUGGACCAGACAUGGAAUAACAACUUGCAAGAUUGUGAUAAAAAAGAACUGAUAUCUCUCGAGCAACUGCUAGACAAGAGAGAUUGUGUUGAUUCAACUUUCAGCCAGGUAUCUAAUUCUGCAACUGCAACCAUUUUUGAGGCAACUUACAGUGAAGCAUCCGAAUUCCAAGAUCAAUCAUCGAGGUUUGAUAAAUCAAAAUAUUCAAAAAAUUAUCGUUUGCCUGACGUGGUUAGCGCAGCGCAUACUGCAGAAAUGCAACACCCUAUCUCAGAAAUAUUCUUACGAACGUCUCAAACAUCGGGAGAUGCCCCAAUAACCGCACGUGCACACACAAAGACAUCUGUUGAAAAUUUUACACCAGACACUUUCGUACAUAAACACGAAUUCACGCCGAUAAAAGAAUACCCGGAAACAAUCGAAUCUUCUGGUCAAUUUGCAUACGCGGGGAUACAAAUACAUCCAAUUAUACGUAAAGCAAGAAAAGUCUACGUUCCAGAGGAAUGCAAGGAUGGAAAAUAUUGGAAAAGGAGAUUAAAAAAUAACGUUGCAGCCAGAAGAUCAAGAGAAGCUAAGCGAAUGAAGGAAAAUCAAAUCGCCAUGCGAGUGAGUUUUCUGCAAUCUGAAAAUGAUAACUUGCGCGCACAGGUUGCACAUUUAAGAAAAGAAAUGAGAAGAAUGGCUGGAACAAUGGAACCAAAAAGGCAACUGAUAUAAAGGCUCACUUAGUGUAAACAACUAAAUAUCGUCUAAUUAAAUAUUAUUCAACAUAUUAUUAGUUUGAGACUCAAAAUCGUCUCUUUGUUUAGAUAUGAGAAAUAAAAAUA